CGGGGCCGCGCGGCCGAGGACCUGUUGAUCGCAGGUAGAGCCGAAAGGCCGGGACUCCCGCGGGACUGGUGCGACUGCGCAUGCUCGCUGGUCGUGCCGGGCCAGUAGGCGAGCGGCGGUGACGAACCGAUUCCAGGGCUGCGGUGGUUUUGCGGUUGCUGCGAUGGCGUUGUGAGGGGCCCCGGAGAGGGAUGGUUUUGACCCGGGUAGGGCCGUCGUCUUCCAAGCAGGACAACGAGCUCCUCCCCGCGACAGGCGGUGGAAGAGGUGGAGCCGGUCGAGAGGGCUGAAGAUCAACUGGAUUAUGUAUUACAUUCUGGAAUCUCAAAGCAGUCCACAAACAGUAAUUUCUUCCUCAGGUUUUCUAAGUCAGGAAGAACAAUAUAUUUUUAACAAGAAUCAGUAACUGGAAGUACAAGAUUGGUUAUUUAAUAAUGUUGAAAUGAAGUUUUGAUCAGCAGAGGUGCUGUUACCAGAUUUGUCUUCUGGAUACAAAUUAAAAAUGACUGAAGUCCAAGCAAUGGUAGAAUUCUCCGUGGAGCUAAACAAGUUCUACAAUGUGGAUUUAUUUCAGAGAGGUUUUUACCAGAUUCGUGCAUCUAUGAAAAUUCCACCAAGAAUUCCCCACAGAGUAGAAGCUAGUUUGUUACAUACAACAGGUAUGACUUUAGCCUUUCCAGCUUCAGUUCAUGAUUCUCUGAUUUGCAGUAAAGCAUUUCAAAUUCUGUACAAAAAUGAGGAGGUUGUUUUAAAUGAUGUUAUGAUCUUCAAAGUUAAAAUGUUGUUGGAUGAAAAAAAGAUUGAAGAAACCCUUGAGGAAAUGAAUUUUCUGUUAUCAUUGGAUCUACACUUCACAGAUGGAGAUUAUUCGGCAGAUGAUUUGAACGCCUUGCAACUAAUAAGUAGCCGAACACUGAAGCUGCACUUUAGCCUCCAUAGAGGCCUUCAUCAUUAUGUAAAUGUUAUGUUUGAUUAUUUCCACCUUUCUGUUGUGUCUGUUACAAUUCAUGCAUCAUUGGUUGCACUACACCAGCCACUAAUAAGCUUUCCUCGCCCUGUGAAGACUACUUGGUUAAAUAGAAAUGCACCAGCACAAAACAAAGAUUCUGUGAUUCCUGCUCUUGAAAGUGUGGUCUUUGGUAUUAACUACACAAAGCAGUUAUCACCAGAUGGUUGCAGUUUCAUCAUUGCAGACUCCUUCCUACAUCAUGCCUAUAAUUUUCAUUCUACACUUUGUGCCACUUUGCUAUUAGCCUUCAAGGGAUUGCACAGCUACUUCAUUACGGUAACAGAGGAGAUUCCCUCUUGUCAGAAAUUAGAACUGGCCAAGGCCAACACGCAGGUCCUAUAUGAUCGCCUUCUCAGAAGAAAACAGCCAGGAACCCAGAAAGACAUCUGUCUAGAGGAAAUGGAUGUAGAAGCUCGGCUUACUGAACUAUGUGAAGAAGUUAAGAAAAUAGAAAAUCCUGAUGAACUGGCAGAACUUAUAAAUAUGAAUCUUGCACAACUUUGUUCACUUCUGAUGGCUUUAUGGGGACAGUUUCUGGAAGUUAUAACACUACAUGAAGAACUAAGAACAUUAUUAGCACAAGAGCAUCAUGCUUUGAGGGUACGCCGAUUUUCUGAGGCUUUCUUUUGUUUUGAACAUCCGAGAGAAGCUGCCAUUGCAUACCAAGAACUUCAUGCUCAGAGUCAUCUACAGAUGUGCACAGCUAUCAAAAAUACUUCCUUCUGCAGUUCUCUUCCACCCCUACCUAUUGAAUGUAGUGAAUUAGAUGGAGAUCUCAAUUCAUUGCCAAUAAUCUUUGAAGAUAGGUAUUUAGAUUCUAUUAUUGAAGACUUAGAUGCACCCUGGAUGGGAAUUCAGAAUCAUCAGAGAUCAGAGUCCAGUAGAAUGGAUAAAUAUGAGACUGAAGAAAGCUCUGUAGCUGGACUUUCUAGCCCAGAGUUGAAAGUCACACCUGCUGGUUUCUCCAAUAUUUGGUAUACAGAAGGUGAAAAGCAGCUAACAAAAUCUCUAAAAGGAAAGAAUGAAGAAUCAUAUAAAUCCAAGGUUAAGGUUACUAAGCUAAUGAAAACAAUGAAAGCUGAAAACUCAAAAAAAUUAACAAAACAGAACUCUAAGGAUUCUGUGGUUUUGGUAGGCUACAAAUGUUUGAAAAGUACACCAUCAAACGAUCUCUCUAAAUGCUUUGAAGGCAAUCCUUCACAUAGUCAGAAGGAAGGUCUGGAUCCUUCAAUAUGUGUAUAUAAUUUUGACCCAAAAACCUACAUCAGACAGACAAGUCAAAAGGAAGCUAGCUAUUUGCCAACUAAUACAGAGAGAACUGAACAAAAGUCUCCAGAUAUUGAAAAUAUGCAGCCAAACCAGUUUGAUCCUUUGAACUUUGGCAGCCUAAAUCUUUGUGCAAAUUUGUCCAUUUCAGGUAAACUUGAUAUCUCCCAGGAUGAUAGUGAAAUUACACAAGUGGAACACAAUCUGACAACCAGAAGUUCAUCAGACGAUUGCCAUGAUCAUCAGACAACCCCAUCUUCAGGAGUUAGAAUAAUUGAAGUAAAGCCUAAUAAUAAAGAUCCUUUCAGGGGAGAGAAAAUAACUGUUAAAAUAGGACUGUGGACAGAGUCACAACAAGAUGAAAUAUUUGUGGAUAAUUUACAGCUACCCCACUUUGAGUCCUUGGACUCUAAUGGUAAAUCUAAACCUAUAGAAAUAACACUUGAAAAGGAAGCUUUGCAGGAAGCAAAGUGUCAUGCUACUGGAGAAUCAUUAACUAAGUUAAGAAGUACUCUACCUGCUCCUUCUACAAAAGAAUAUCAUGUUGUAGUAAGUGGAGAUGCAAUUAAAUUACCAGAUAUUAAUGCCACAUAUGCCUCAUCUAGAUUUUCAGAUUCGGGUGUUGAAAGCGAACCAAGUUCUUUUGCAACACAUCCAAACCCUGAUGUAGUAUUUGAAACUGUACAAGCGCAAGGCCCUUAUAAUAAUGAAAGAUUAUUUCCUCAGGUUUUGAUGAAAUCUGAUUAUAAUGUAAAAUGUUCAUUAGAAAGUCAUUGUACUGAGAGUACAAGUGCUUUAAGUGAAAAACAGUCAUCUUUGACAUCCAUAAACUCUCUACCAUCUGAUGAUGAACUGUCACCGGAUGAAAAUUCUAAGAAAUCUGUUGUACCUGAAAGCCAUCUAAGCGAUAGCAAAACUGUACUAAAUCUAGGAACAGUUGAAUUGCCAAAAUACAACAGCAAAAAGUCAAGUAUUAUUUUGCAACAGCAGAGUGUUAUAUUUUCAGGGCAUUUGGACAAUGAAACUAUAGCUUUAAAUUCAAAUACUAAAGACCCUGUACGAUUUGUUUUUUCAGAUGAAGAUACUUCCAGUGAUGUGAAAAGUAGUUGCAGCUCCAAACCUAACUUGGAUAUUAUGUGUACAGGCUUUCAGAGUCCUGAUAAACCUAUUAACUCUGCAGGAACAGCAAUUACAUUCAAUUCAAAACUGGUUUGUUUAGGCACUCCUUGUAUUGUUUCAGGUUCCAUUUCUACUAAUACAGAAGUUAGUGAAGAUAGAACUAUGAAAGGAAAAGAUAGUGAUACAUUAAAUCUCAAACAAAUAUAUUCAGAAGCCCCUGCAGUUAAAAGUGACACUCAUUUGAGUACAAGUGACCCUUGUCAAGCUAGUACUGACAUAGUAAAGCAAGGGCUUGUGGAAAAUUAUUUUGGUUCUCAAAGCAGUACAGAUAUUUCUGACACAUGUGCUAGUAACUACAGCAAUUCAGUUAGCUCUCAGAAAGAAAAUUCUGAAAAAGAAAAUAAUAAUCUUCGACAGGAACAGGAUAAAGAGGAUGAGGAGGAUGAGCAGGAUCAUCAAAUGGUUCAAAAUGGUUAUUAUGAAGAAACAGACUAUUCAGCUUUGGAUGGAGCAGUAAAUGCUCACUAUUCAAACAAAAAUGCACUAGCAGAAGAGAAACUUAUAAAAUCUGAAAAAAUGAACAGUGAAUAUCUGAGGGGUGGUAUCAAUAUGCCUACCGUAUGUACCUCUGGUUGUUUGUCCUUUCCAUCUGCACCACGAGAGUCUCCAUGUAGUAUUAAAUAUUCUAAAAGGACAUUUGAUGCCAUUACAAAACAGCCAAGCAGCACUUCUUACAACUUCACUUCAUCAACUUCCUGGUAUGAAAAUUCACCAAAACCUCAAAUACAAGCCUUUCUUCAGGCAAAAGAAGAAUUGAAGCAACUUAAGCUCCCUGGAUUCAUGUACAGUGAUGUUCCUCUGCUGGCAUCCUCACUACCUUAUUUUAGUAUGGAAGAAGAGGAUAGUUCUGAAGAUGGAGUACAUCUCAUUGUCUGCGUGCAUGGUUUAGAUGGUAACAGUGCAGAUCUUCGAUUAGUAAAAACUUACAUUGAACUUGGAUUGCCUGGGGGAAGAAUUGAUUUUCUUAUGUCUGAAAGAAAUCAGAAUGAUACUUUCGCUGAUUUUGAUAGCAUGACUGAUCGUCUUCUGGAUGAGAUAAUACAGUAUAUUCAGAUAUAUAGUCUAGCCAUCUCAAAAAUAAGCUUUAUUGGACAUUCAUUGGGCAAUUUAAUAAUUCGUUCAGUGCUUACAAGGCCAAGGUUUAAAUAUUACCUCAACAAACUUCAUACCUUCUUAUCUCUUUCUGGACCUCACCUCGGUACACUCUACAAUAGCAGUGCUCUUGUUAAUACAGGUCUCUGGUUUAUGCAGAAAUGGAAAAAAUCAGGUUCUCUUUUGCAACUGACAUGUCGAGAUCAUUCAGACCCUCGCCAAACUUUCUUAUACAAACUUAGUAAUAAAGCAGGGCUUCAUUACUUCAAAAAUGUCGUGCUAGUGGGAUCGCUGCAGGAUCGCUAUGUUCCUUAUCACUCUGCCCGCAUUGAGAUGUGUAAAACAGCUUUAAAGGACAAACAAUCAGGACAGAUCUAUUCAGAAAUGAUCCAUAACUUACUUCGCCCAGUUCUGCAAAGCAAGGAUUGUAAUUUGGUUCGAUACAAUGUCAUCAAUGCACUGCCCAAUACAGCUGACUCACUGAUUGGGAGAGCUGCACAUAUAGCUGUUCUUGAUUCUGAAAUAUUUUUAGAGAAAUUUUUUCUGGUUGCUGCCCUCAAAUAUUUCCAAUAGGAUAAAAGUGUUGUUAGAGACUUGACAAUUACCUCAUUCAAUAGUGAUUCAAAUAAUGUAUGAUACUAAACUAUAGAUGCUAAGUUCUAAGAAAUAUUUAUACCUUUUUAUAUAUGGAAGGUAAUUUAUAUCAUCCAUGAUAUAAACAUCAACUUUACUUUCUAGGUAAUGUGGCUGUGCAAUAUUUUUUUUAAUUUUGCCUUUUUACUUUUCUAUUACUUUUUCAUAUAUUUUACUACCUAAGUAUUUCAGUGAAACUUUAAGCCCAUGUGUACAUCUGAAUGUUUAUUAUUGGCUUUCCACAAUCCUUAUAUCAGACUCCAUCUUAUUAGAGGACAUUAUUGCUAGAAUAGCAUGGGAUUUUAAAUUUUCUAAUAUUGGGGUACUAUUUAGUUAAUUAUAAAUUUUACUUUUAGCAUUUUACUAUGUUUUAACUGGAAAUAAAAUUAUGGCUGCUAAAUUAUAUUUUUUGAAACCAACUUCUGUAGCCCUAUAUAUAUGUAUACAUAUCUUUACCAUAUGAUCAAACCAGGUAGUUCAUAUAUGACAAUGUUAUAAAAUUUUUCUAUUAAGACAUUACUAUUGUUGCUAUUAAACAUGUCAUAUGUCAUGCCUUUUAAAAUAUAUUUUCUACUGGUGGUUUCAACAUUAAUUUUCACGUUGACUUUUAUUACUGGAACUUUUCAUGUUCACAUUAGCAGCAUAUAAAGAUUUUUGAAUGUUGAAUGCCCUCUGCCUCGACUUGGUUGGCAUUUUGCUAAAUUUGGUAAUGUUGCUUGACCUUUCUGACUACAUUUCUUCAACUGUUUUCAUAGACUUCCUUGUAUGUACAUAUAAUUAAAUGUUGAAAUUUCUGAAAUAGUUUUAUGAAUUUAGAUAAUUUUUAAAUACUGUUAAAAUUUAUUGAAAAAGUAAUGUAAAUAAAAUAAUUCAUGUUGAAAGUGGAAUAAAAUAAUUAGCUAUACAUGUUUGGUGAUAUAGAAGCAAAUGUUUUUGAUAUAUGGAGAUGUUAAGUUUUGACUUUACUAAAGGUGCUGCAUAGCAUUAAAUUCACUAUUUUCCUGUUUUAGUUGUGAGAAUAAUAAUGCAUUAAGGGUAUAUAUAGAAGGUUCUGUUUGCAUUCACCAAUUGUGAUGGACAGAAGACUUUUGUAUGUAUGUAUUGUAUAAUUGAUGCAUGUUUAUUUUUAGCAUUGUGUUGUUGCCUCUCGUGUUAAUAAAUGAACAAAUGACUAUCUGGAGGAGCAGCUAAAACACUUGCAAUCCUUUGCUUAUUUUCAGAACACUUGGGGUAUAUAAUUUAAUUUAUAAUUUGGAUAUAUUAUGUCAAUUAACUAAAAAAAAGCAUGAUUGUGUACAUCGUAUGUAUUUUUAUUACUUGCAUCUUUUGCAUACUUCAGGUAGUCAAAAGGUUACUUCACUGAUUGCUCUCGGUAAUUCUUUACUUUUCUAAAAGUACUCAAAAGUUCUAUUAAUCAACUAAGCAAUUAUACACCAGGUGCAUUUUAAUGAGAAAAUGUAAUUAUAUGUAUUAUCUACCAUGUGUUUUUGCCACACACAUUUUUCUCUUCACAUACCUGGGUUCAGGGUUUGAAAUAUCAUGCUUAUUCUAAGUUUGGGUAAUCUUCCAGAUUUGGCAGAGGACUCAUUCUUACUCAUAAUAAUAUAAAUAGUAUUUUAGGGUAAUUUGCCCUUAUGAUUAUAGUUGGUUGAUUGUUUUAAUAUGGUCUUAAAAGUACAUUAGUAAAAAUAAAUUUAAAAAAAAAUUUUUUUAAGUACAUCAGUGAUCAUGGUUUAAAAUCUAGCAGAUUUAACUGCUGGUUUACCAGAGAAACCAUCAUACAGUGUUCACCUCCAAAUUCUGAUGGGGUGGGCGGAGAAAUGAUUAUUUGAAACAGUAUAACUGAUUCUUAGAGAAUGAAUGUCUUAGUUUGCCAGGCUGUAGAGUGGCUUUAACAACAAGAAUGUAUUGGCUCACGGUUUCAGGGGCCAGAAAUCUAAAAUCAAGGUGCAACAAGGGCAUGCUUUCUCUCCAAAGUCUGUAGCAUUUUGGUGCUAUCUUGCCACAAUCCUUGGGACUCCUUGGUUUGUAUCUCUGUCUCUUGUCAUGUGGCUGUGUCCUUGAUCUCCUCCUGUGGGUUUCUCUUCAACCUUCUGUCUCCUGGCUCCUCUGGCUACAUUUGAAUUUGCUCUGUUAAUAAGACUUCCGUUUAUACAGAUUAAGGCCUGCCCUCAUUCAGUUGGCUACACCUCACUAGGAUCUCAAAAGAUCCUAUUCACAAAUGAGUUCACACCCAAAAGAAAUGCCAGUUAAGAUUAAGAACCUGUCUUUAUUGGGGUACACAAUUCAGUCUACCACAAUGAAUGUCAUUGAAAUAUACACCAGUAAGGGUCUUGGCUGCAAACAAACAUAAGCAGAAAAAGACUUUAUUGGAAGAAUAUCAGGUAGUUCACAGAAUUGGUGGAAAGACUUGAGAACCAGGUUUGGAAUACAGAUAGAAAUCAAAGGAAGCUAGGUGACCAAGAUCACAGCCAAAGUCAACCUCAAGAAUGGGAAAUUUGAUUAUAAUUCUGCUGACAGUGAUGCCUCUGGAAACUGGAUUCCAAACACUCUUGCUUAUUUAUAUCACUCACUCCAGAUUCAAAGACUGGUGGGAAUGUCCAACUGACCAAAUUUAGUCUUAUGCAGCACUCACACUAUACAGGCAUCAGAAACAGCAAGAAUAUAUGACCUUUUCACUUUCCACAGUGGGAGGUGGGACCAUUUCUCCUAAUAAGAUUCACCAAACUUAUGAAAUAUGUUUGAUGACUGAUAGGCAGUUAUAAAAACAUUUCAGAGGUCUACCAUUUAGUCCAUCUCUUUGGCUUUCCAACAUCUAGAUAUUUACAGAUCUAAAAUGCUUCCUCCUAAGCAACCCAAGUGUCCAUCAAUGGAUGAAUUGGUAAACAAAAUGCAGAAUAUACAUACAAUAGAAUGUUAUUCAGCCAUAAAAAUAAAUUGAAGUUCUGAUAAAAGUUACGACAUGGAUGAACCUUGAAGGCAUCAUGUUGAGUGAAACAAGCCAGACACAAAAGGGCAUAUAUUAUAUGAUCUCCUAAGAAAUUACUAGAAUAUGCAAAUUCAUAGACAGAAAGUAGAUUACCAGUUACCAGGAAGUGGGGAAUGGGGAAGAUAGUGUUUAAUGGAUACAUAGUUUCUGUUUGGAAUGAUGGAAAAACAGAAGUUUUGGCAAUGGAUGGUGGUGAUGGAAGCACAACAUUGUGAAUGUAAUUAAUACCAAUGAAUUGUAUACUUGAAAGUGGUUAAAAUGGGAAACUUCAUGGUGUAUACAUGUUACCCGAAUAAUUUUUUUAAAUGUUCUAAAGCAAUAAAAUCUGAAUGUUUAAGCAAAUUAAAAAUGUUUAUAUACAUUUAAAAAUAGUUCCCUGUAUAAUAAAA